AUGCUUCAGUUGUUGGUUCAAAUCGGCCACAGUGUCUUCGUGAGGAUCGAGCGGAUCCGGCAAGCACAAGAUGAAGAGUCGUGGAACUUGGGUCUGAAGAAAUAUUUUAGAUCCGGACUGACGCUAUUGAAGCGGAAGGCCAUCGAUCGCCUGAGGAAAUGGAGUUAUCAUGAGCUAGCGCAUGUCAAGAGAGACUGGAAUGGAAGUGCUAACAGUCUGGCGAGUGCCGCUUUGCAACGACAAGGCGGGAUCGAGGUCCAGAGGAUGCCCGGGUACCAGGAUCUGGUCCCACGGAACCGGACUGAGAACCCAGUGGUGAGAGUAGCAGCGGUGACAACUCGAGCUGCUCGAGUAAGACCACCCGCGGGUGUCAUGCAAGAGGAUCUGAUCCGGGAGAGGCGGGUCGAUCGGAUCAAGCAGGCCCAGGAGGAGGAAGUCUGGAUCGCAGGCAUGAAGAAGUACCUGAGUGGGUCGAUCGCAGAUCUCACACAAGCGGAAACGAGAUCGCACGGCAAGAUCGCAGCCGAUUACUAG